CUUCAGUCGGUUAUGUCUCUGAAUCGACCCAAGAAACACAGGCUGCUGGAUCUCAGUGCGAAUCGAACCGAGGGAAAAUGAGAGGUGUUCAAUUGGCUAAAUCGGGCACCUCUGGAUCGGACCUACGGACGUCCGCAAUUUCUGCUGACCCGUGUGUGGCUAGACUAGUCUUGCUCUGCACUCGCUGACGAACUGCUGGCCUCGUGUCGAUCCUGUUAACCUCCAUCUAUUUUUCUCAUCAAUCACUCCGGUUGCAAGGGCCAAUGUGGCUGCUAGCGCUUCUGUGUGUGCAAUUUGAGAGAUCGCCGCCCUCUGAGCGCCGGAACCCGGUCCUACAUGUUGCCCGCAUUGCCUUUCCAUCUUGAUCUCGCUGGCACAUCGUGUUGUGCGACAAUGAUCAAGAUAAUCAAGCUCUGGGGUUUAUAUAUUCCGACUCCCGCACACACGUUGGGCGCGCCGUCCCAAACACAUACUCGAAGCGAGAUUGAAUUGCACUCCGACCUACAGAUCAAGUAGGCAAUUGAGCAAGAGACUGGUCAAGUUUCACCACAAAAUCUUCCUGCAUGCUGCUCUGCGGCGCUGAGAUCAGUUUUGGAUGAUGCGGAAGGAUGUCCACCAUCUGCACGUCAGCUGGGCUGUCCAUCGGCGUUCAAAACCAGCAACAAGCAUAAUGCACGGUAGAGCCAAGCCGCCGCUCCCAGUCCAACCUGACAGAUGGUAGCAACAAGUCCCUUGAGUGGCGCCUUUCGUGUUGAUUAUACAUGUCGCAAGUUCAAGGCGGCUGUCACCGCCGCGAAUAUCCUCCGCAGUGGUUGGCCAACGACGAAGUAGCUUCUCAUCUGUGGCGGGUGAUGCCAUGCUAGUAGAAUCACGGGCAAUGAUCGACCAUACGGAGUUGAGACCCAGCUGACCAUGAGUCAUUUAUAUCGACGGACGGACAUGGUUCACCAAAACUGGGGCCCUGGAGGCUUAUUGGGCAAUGUGAGCGGCUGGGACAAAGUUGAAUUACACAGCCGCUGAUGGCGGCUUGUACAGCCACCCGUCACACAUUGGCUCCUUCUACCAGCAGACGCUGUGCAAAUGCGUCGAUCAUACCCUAAUGGAUCUCAUUGACGCCAAUAACCUCGUCGCAGGCACACCAACCUUCUUUCCUGCCUUCCUUUCUCACCUCCGGAGCUCGGCGCCUACAUUACCCAUCGACCCUGUCGUCGUGCAAUCCAUCCUCCUGUGUUUAGUUGCCGGGGACAAGCACCUCCUCCUUCGCGCUCCAGAACAGGACGUGCGGCUUGUGGUCAGGCUCGCCUUCUUCGUGAGUCGGAUGAAAUGAUUCGCGGUUGCUGUUUGCUCAAAGGGAGGUCAAUCUUGCUUCAAGACGUUAUCCACUGUCUUUGGGCUGCCGACUCACAAGGUCAAGAUUCGACCCAGGAGUCCCGCAACUCAAAUUGACGCGGGAACGCCAUUUCUACGCUCUCUGUUCAUUCCAUGGACUACCGCUUCCGACUUUCAAGAUGACGCGAAAUCGUCCAUCAGGACUCGCAACCACGCGACAUGGGCUCGGAGCACCACCAAGAAGCCCAGUCGGCGCUCCAUGUCCAGCCCAGCGGACGCCGCGACACUCAGCUCAAAUCCGUUCAGUGACAAUCACGAGGCGUUUUCGGGAUCGAGCACCACGACGAAUCCUUUCGCUACCACGCCACGCUCAGCACGGACACGCCUCCCCUUCCCCACACCAUCUCUGAUCCUACCCCAGUCAGAGAUAGCCGGCCCUCUGGGAUGCAGCCAAGCGCCCUGGUAGUAUCUGGUCUAGAAAACUCGGCGCUGUCCUCGCAACGUGCACUCACGCGCGUGCUGGCUGAGAAACGGGUCGUUCUGGAAGAAGAGGACGAUGUGUAUGACGAGGUCUGGAAUCUGCCGGAGGGAUUCAUCACGGUCUAUGUAUGUCCUGUGGAUCCCCACGAGCGACCUGCCAUCCAUAAGAAUCUGUUGGACAAAUUUGCUAUGAGCGCUACUGUGAACCCGCAUGCUGCGACGCGAAGUCUGCUGACUCAAACGCGUAAUUCAGCCUCGUUUCGGAAUUCCCCUGCCGUGCACCCUGUUGCCCUGCCGCAGCAAACACCGACAGCCCCAACACAGUCCAAAUCCUUGCAGCAUCACCACUCGCUAUCCUCACUUGCCUUUCCGCUCGUCUCCUCGUCGUUCCUGACCGACCUGCGGGCGCUGUAUUCCCGGACGUAUCUGAAUCCUACGCUCAGUCUGUAUGCGUCGGAUCUGUUCUCUGCUGCUCGCCAUCAUCCUCAAUUAGAUGGGAUGUGCCUCACAGCGCAGUCAAUGAAGGACGCGACCGACCUGGCCCGCGCCGGUCGGGUCGUCGGCGCAGACUUGACUGGAAUCGAGCUUGUCAGGGAUGACGCUGCUUUCCUCGCGUUGCAGGGAAGCGAGCCUGCGCAGAAUCAGAUCUUCGAUUCGCCUGACAUCCCGGAAAGCCCGGAAUGGCCCGAGCAGACCGACAGCAAACAGCAUGUCUACCAGCCUGUGGAAGUCGUCAUCGAAGACGCGGACCAACAGUCCAUUGUGCCAUCGGCCCUGACGGGGAUGCCGGGAAGGACAGGCGAACAGGAGGUUCUGGAGGUCAGCGAGGCGGACAUCGCCCGGAUAGUUCCGCGGGUGAUGACGCAUCGUUUGCGGGUGCGGAAUGGGCCCCGUGAGGAGUUGCUGGCGAGUGCAGUCUAUCCCUUGGUCGAUGAUGAGCAUAGUGUGGAGGUCAUCGAAGCUGGGACCAGGAUCACUGUCAAGGACAUCCUGCUAGAGCAGACAGAGUUGUCAUGUAUCCGUGCAGCCGGAUCACCGGCGGGUCGCUGCGUACUGAUCACCUUCUCUACCAUGAACCACGACCACAGUAUGCACUCCAUGGAUAUGGACCACGGCGGGCACGGUGGCCACGAUGGGCACAACAUGCCCGCGGUCCGGUGCUCGAUGAACAUGCUCUGGAACACCCAGAUCGUCGACACUUGUAUCGUCUUCGAGUCGUGGCACAUCCGCUCGCAAGCCAUGUUCCUGGGGUCCUGCAUUGCCAUCGUCGCGCUGGCCGUGUUCUACGAGUAUCUCCGCGCGUUCGCCAAGUCCGUGGAUGUGCGCAUCGCCCUUGCGUUGGCUGGACCGGGCAAGGGCAAGAGCCGCUCGAGCAGCAGGCCGAGAAGUGAUGAUGAGGACGCUGGCUUGUUGACAGGUCGACGAGUGUUCAACAUUCAUACCACGGGGACCCCCGUCCCACCAAUGCUCCGCGUCCUGCGCGCUUCUCUGUACGGUGCAACCGUCUUCCUAUCAUUCUUUUUGAUGCUGGUCUUUAUGACCUACAACGGAUAUCUGAUCUUCGCCACUGUAUUCGGCGCCGCUCUCGGCCAUUUCAUCUUUGGGGGUACCAUCAACGUCGAUGCUUUGCUGAGCGACGACACCAAGGGCAUGGCCUGCCAUUAAUGCAUGCAUACAUAGUCGUCAUCUAUGGGACUUCUUGUAUAGAACUGACUUACAGGAGAAUGGAAGGAAUUCACAACAACAGAGCGCCUUUCAA